UGGAGAGAGGCGCUGGAUUUCUUUCUGGAGGAGAGAGAAGAAGGGAAGCCUGAGUUGGAGCUGCAGCCAUGGCCCAAGGAGGACCUUUCCUGCCCUGCCUCGCCUUCCUGCUCUGCAUCUCUGCCCUCCAAGCCAUAGACAAGGCUCCCAAUGUGCAGGUGUAUUCCCGCCAUCCUGUGGAGAUAGGCAAGGAAAACACUUUGCAUUGCUAUGUGGAAAGGUUUCAUCCUCCCAAAAUCGAUAUCACUCUCAUGAAGGAUGGCGUCCCAAUCGAGGAUGUGCAGAAAUCUGACCUUUCCUUUAAAUCCGACUGGACUUUUGAGCUCCUGGUCCAUACUAAAAUUGUUCCUGAUGGAAAAUCAGAGUAUGCCUGCAAAGUGAACCACAGCAGCCUGUCCAGUCCAAAGGUCUUCAAGUGGGAUCAGGAUUACUAAACACAGGCUCUCAGAAGUAAGGUUUGAAAAGCCUUGCCUUUUAAAGAUUAUCAAUCCUUAAGCAUAUUUCCAAUUUGUUCCUGCCUGCAACUGAUUGCGAAGCUCAGCGGAUAGUUUUCUAGGGUUCACACUGGCAUCUCCUCAUGUACUCUGUGGAUUGCUUCUGCUUCUUUUGAAAUGUAUGGAUUUUAAGUAGAGCCACUGUAAGCAAAGCUUGAAGAUUGCAUUGAAAAAUUGCACUAUCAAACAUGUGUUGUAUCAUUCAUAUAUUGGCAAUUUGAGCUUUUUUUAAAUGUAAUUUGUUUGUUCAUUUGCUUUAAUUUCCUUCAUUAAAUGUUUAAUGAAGUUUGUUUCAGUUUCUGCCAGAAAUACAGUCAAAGACUUGAAAAGAUUAUGUAAUCAAAAUCCUUUUAUAUAUUGGUGAUGAAUCAUUUUCUUAUUUGAUGUAUCUGAAAUGCAAAAUGAUUGGAGUACCCUAAUAAAAUACAAGUACUGACAGUUUA